AUGUCGGCAGCAGCCCUCAACAGCUGCAGCAGCAAUAGCUGCAGCAGCAGCAGCAGCAAAAGCAGCAGCAGCAGCAGCAGGAGCGGUUUCCCCAAUGGGUUUUCUAAGGAAAUAAAACGCAGCAGGCCUGUGCUCUGUCUUGUAGGCAUGCGAGCAGCAGGAAAGUCUCUCUUUGCUACUGCAGCAGCAGCAGCAGCAGCGCGUCCCAACUCCAGCAGCAACACCAGCAGCAGCAGCAGCAGCAGUGUUUGUGUUGUUGACUUAGACAUAUUUAUAGAGCGACAUUUCUUAGCAGGAUUUGCUCAGGUGCAUGCAAAAGAAGCAGCCUCAACAGCAGCACCUGCUGCUGCUGCUGAAGCAGCAGCAGCUGCUGCUGCUGGCUUUGCAGUCUGUGGGGAAUGUAUAUGCGGCAGCGAGACAUCUUGGCCUCCCUCUUGCUGCAUCUGCGCCCCUAAACGCAGCCUUAAACGGUUGCAGCAGCAGCAGCAACAACAACAACAACAACAACAACAACAACAACAGCAACAGCAACAGCAGGCUCAGCAGCAGCAGCAGCAGCAGGCUGGUGGCUUAGCUGUUGAGUGUUGUAUCUGUGAAGGUCCCUCAAGGUGUUGCUCUGUGCGUUCUUUUCGUGCUGCGGCCUUCCCCAUCCACAGCAGCAGCAGGCAGCAGCAGCUGCUGUUGGAGCAGCUAACAGCUACCUGUGGUGUUGCUGCAUUCAGAAGCCUUGAAGCUGCUGCCCUCGCCUUCUGCCUCUACAUGGCCGAUCCUCUUGCUGCUGCUGCUGCUGCGGCUGCAGCAGCACCUGCUGGCCGUAGCAGGGAGGAAAGCUGCAGCAGCAGCAACAACAGCAGCAGCAGCAACAGCAGCAGCAGCAGCAGCAUAGCCUUUCGAGGGUAUCUCAUUUCGAAGUGCUCAGCGCCUCAUCGAUGGCACAUUCAACCACCUGUAGCCCGCUGUACAAGCAGCAACAGCAGCAGCAACAGCAGCAGCAACAGCAGCAGCAGCAGCAACAGCAGCAGCAGCAACAGCAGCUGCAGCAUACUCUCUAGCUGCCCUUAUUGCGAGGUAGCUGACUGCUACACUGCAAAUAUCCAAGAUGAGGAGUUGCUGCAACAGUUCGGCUGCAUGCCUGCCACCCACCAGCAGCAGCAGCAGCAUCAACAGCAGCAACAGGAGCAGGAGCAGCAGCAGCAGCAAGGGAGUCUGCUGCUGCUGUCUUGUGGCGGCGGAACUCUUCAUUCCCCUGAUGGCCGUUUGCUGCUGCUGGCUGAACAGCAAAUUGUUUGGAUAAGAACCUCCUUCCAGCAGCAAAUCUACAACUUGCUUAUGGCUGGCGAGGGUCCCCUUUCCUUCUCCCCUUGCAUCCGGAUGCUGCCAUUCGCUGAGGAGGAGGAACAGCAGCAGCAGCAACAUAUGCUGCAGCAGCAACAAAUGCAGCAGCAGCAACAGCAACAGCAGCAGCACGAUGAUGCAUGCAUUGCAUGUAUGUUGAAAAAAGCAACGCAGUGUCUUGGUCUUGCUGCUGCAGCAGCAGCUGCUGCUGCUGCUGUACAGUAUCAGUGCAGCAUCGACGCUGCUGCCCUCGAACUCGCAGCAAAUCCUAAGGAGGCCUCCGCAUGUGCCGACAUGCACAAGCAGCAGCAGCAGCAGCAACAGCAGCAGAGGGGAUGGUGCGGUAUAUGCUCUUCUGCUGCUGCAUGCCAGAUGCAACGGGUAACCACUUCCCUGGGGGUCCCUUCUCUAGAGCAGCAACAGCAGCAGCAACAGCAGCACCGCCACCACCAAGAGGAGCAGGGGAUAGAACCCUUGCAUAGGAGCGUCUUGCUGCAGCCAAUCUUCAUUCUACAGAGUCUUUCGUGCUGCCGAAGAGAGCAGCAGCAACAGCAGCAGCAGCAACGGGAGGCACUUCCGUACUGCGUUCGUCCAACUGCUGCUGUUGUUGCUGCUGCACUUAAACUUGCUGCUGUUUAUGCAGCAAGGAUGCGGGAGCUUCAGCAGUGCAGCACGAGCUGCCUAUACACCCCAGGCAUGGGCAUGUUCUUUCGUGCUGCUGCAGCAUUUGCGGAGGAGCAGAGACACUCUGCUACUGCUGCUGCUGCGGCUGCGGAUAUCGGCACUAACAGCAGCAGAGCUGCAGCAGCAGCAGCAAACAGAAGCAAAAGCACUAAUACUGUAGGGGGGAAGGAGACACAGGCUUCCGCCUUAAUAUCGCCUACUUUGCUGCUGCUGUUGCGUCAGCCAGCAGCAACCGCAACAACAGCAGCAGCAGCAGCUGAUGGAGACUCACCUUCGCGUGUCUCUUUUAUAAAGGUGCUUGCUGCAGCAACAAGAGAUUAUCUGAAUUGCUGCGCUGCUGCUGCUGCUGCUGCUUCGAUGCGUACGCUGCUGCACAGGGCCCCCCCUCCUCUCCCUGGCAGUUCUUUCUUAAUGCUGCCGCGGCAGCUGCUGCUUGCUGCUGCUGGACUCAGCCUGCCACAAGCUGCAGCGCAGCACCAGCAACGGGAGCAUGAACAGCGACAGCAGCAACAGAUGAUACUGCUGCAGCAGGCGAAAGAGGCCCGCGAAGCUUCUCUCUGUGAGGUGCGGGUAGAUUUGCUGCUGCAGCGUCUGCAGGAGGAGGCGUACGCAGCAAUGCAGCAGCAACAACAGGGGCAGCAGCACCAAGACCAAGAAGCCGUUGCUGCAGCAGCACUCCCUGCUAUCGUCUCUGUGUCUGAAGAGGCGUUACUGACAGCCAUCGUUAACUGCUCCGUUCUAUUUGGCUGCCCUCUGCUGCUGACCUUCCGUACAGGAGACGAGGGAGGGGUAACAACAUCAGCAGCAACGGCAGCAGCAACAACAGCAGCAACUGUGGCAGUAUCAAGAGGGCAGGAAAGGAUAUUCACUCUCACUCCUGCUGCCACUGCUUCCGCUGCUGCAGCUGCUGCUGCUGCCAGAGGCAGCUGCUUCCGCAGCCGAAGGCUCGAGCGCAGGCUGCACAAGGGUGCAUCAACACCAGGAGCAGCAGGUGCUGCUGCGGCUGUUGCAGCAGCAGCGGAGGCUGUUGCUGCUGCUGCUGCUGUGGCCCAGAUGCUGCUGCAAUACUGGGAGAAACAGCUGCUGCUAAGCAGCAUUCCUGCUGCCUACAUCGACUUGCAGUGUCGCUACUGGCUAGCGCUGCUGAGCUCGCAAGAAAGCCGCACGCACCUGUCUGCAGCUGCUGCUACUGCUGCUGCUGCUUCUCCUGAGGAAGCAAACGGAAAUAAUGAAUCCUUCGAAGGAGCAGCACUGUGGCGGCUGUCCCGUUGGUGGAUUGCAACUCUUAGGCCUCCUUCUGCUUAUAGGCGCAGCAACAGCAGGAGCAACACCGGCAACCUUGUCCACGCAACAACAGGAGCGGCACCACAGCUGCAGCAGCUUGGGCUUCUCCACUUCCCGAGAAAAGCAGCAGCGCAGCAAUUGCUGCUGCCAAAGUGUGACGCGUUUCCCUCUGCUGCUGCUCUAAGGUGCAUGGAAACCCACCAACGUGCAGCUGUCAAGCGAGUCACAGCAGCAGCAAAAGCAGCAGCAGCUGCUGCUGCAGCAGCGGCACGGAGACGGCAGACGAUUUCAAGGCGUCUUUUCUCUUGUCUUCAGAAUGGUAAAGGAGCACCAGAGACAGCAGCAGUUGCAGUAACAGCAGCAGCAACAGAAGCAGAACCAGAGACAGCAGCAAGAGGUAAUGCUGCAGUGCCAGCAGCUGCAGCCUGUUGUUUGCUGCAGCAGAAGCAGCAGCAGCAACAGCCGUUGCUGCUGCUGCAGGUGCAACAUCUGUGGAAGGGCCUCCGGACUCUCACUGUUGCCUUCCCUGUGUUGCAGUCGGCAGCACGGCUGUUGCGGGCCCUUUCUCCAGCAGCUGCUCCAUUAGCAGCAGAACCAGCAGCAACAACAGCUGAAUCAGCAGCAGCACAAGAACUGCCAGCAGCAGCUGGAGUCGCAGCAGCAGCUGCAGCAGCAGAAGUGAAGAAGGUCAUUGAAGCGCUGCUAGAUCUUAAAGAAGCCUUACUCACGCUGCUGGAGAAACCCAGAUCCGCAGCAGCAGCAGCUGCUGCUGCUGCUGCUGCUUCUGACGGAAUCCCCGCAGAUCCCUCAGCAGCCGCAGAUGCUGCUGAGGGAUCUGCGGGGAUUCCGUCUAUGGAUUGCCGCUUUUCAAGGGGGGCAUCUGCCGUUGCCGUUGCUGCUGUUGCUUCUGCUGCUGCAGCUGCUGCAGUCCAGCGGCUGCGCGUGCUGCUGCAGCGCAUUGCUGCUGCUGCAGUGCAACGAGCAGAGAACAGCAAGACACGGGUUAUUGGAUCUGUGCAUCAGCUACAACAACGGCAGUUGCUGCUGCUGCUGCAGCAGAAGCCGCCGCUUCCUCUACGGGAAAAAGCUAUCAGGCACUUCUUUAUGGAGUCUGCUGUCUUCUUCUCGUGGCGGUUUGUCUCCGUCUCUAAGCUCGUCUUGCUGCCAGCCGGCUGCACUAGCAGCAGAACGAGCAGCCCCACCAACGGCGACAGCAGCAGCAACAGCAACAGCAACAAUACCAGCAGCAAGGAGAGGCAGCAGCAGCAAGUGCUGGCGCUGUCGGAAGUGUCUGCUGCACUGCAGCAGCUCCUCCAGAAGCAGAUCAUUUUUGUAAUUGGGGGAGAGGAGUGUCGCCUCUCUCGUGUCUCCUGUUGCUUCUUGUCUCCUUGCUGCAAUACCACAGGCCCUGGGGUGUAUGGGCAGCUACCGAAGCCGCUGCUGCUGCAGAUGAAGCGUUUGCUGCAGCAGCCCUGUCGCGGUGUUUUCCUGUUGGGCUACCCGACAACUCAGUCCCCCACACCUUACCUUUACUCCCGCUUACUGCAGCAGCAGCAACAGCAGCAGCACGUCUACACCCACUUCUUCCCCCCCCUUGAUGAACAGAAGCGGUACCUUGGCCUACAGCAGCUGCUGCGGCAACUGCAGCAGCAGCAGCAGGAGCAAGAAGUUCAGCAACAAGAGCAGCAACAACAUGUGCAGCAAGCACAGCACGGACAGCUGCAGCUGCUGCUGCUGAUGCUGCGGCAGCAGCAGCUGAAGCAGGAGAUGCAGCAGCUGGAAGCGGAGUUCGCUCUAUGGGUGCAGCAGCUGCUACAGCGCGACCGCUGUUUGCUAGGAGGCGCCUCUGUAACCAUUCCUUUUAAAGAGAUGGCCACUGGUUAUGUGGAUGUUGUCCACUGGUCCGCCAAGGCAGUAGGCGCGGUCAACACUCUCUUCUGGAACUCCUCGGGGGAUCUCGUCGGCGCCAACACUGACGCAUUUGCAAUCAAAGAGGCAUUACAAAGGAAUAAACAGGUGUGCCCCAGCACUAGAAGCAGCAGAAGCAGCAGCAGUAGCAGCAGCAGUAGCAGCAGCAGUAGCAGCAGCAGUAGCAGUAGUACUAGCUCCAGCAGCAGUAGCCGUAGCAGCAGCAGCAACAGCCACACACAAGAAGCAGAACACAUGGAACACGCAGCACCGUAA